CAUUCUCCUCACUUUUAUUUACGCUCGCGCAAAUAGUAACGAAAUGAGGCUUUCGGUGGUAAAUUUCUUCAAGAAAAGUGUAAAUGGGCACAUUUUUAGAGGUAAAAAUCGUUUGGUGAAACGCGUCACUCCACGCGCCAUGCAAACACUUGUGCGAGAGUACGAACAAACCGAGGCCAACAUGAAGCUGCUGCUUCAUCCAUACCUGACGAAGGAACAAUCCAGCGGACAUGCGAAGGAACUGGGCAAGAAAGAACAGAUCGUGGCGAAAUGGCGCGAGGAACAGCUCAAAAUGAAACCGCACGUCACGAUAGCGGAACGGUUAGCUCACCUGAAAGUAAAGGACGUAUGGGAUUGAGCAGGCAAUCGGCGGAAUAAUACAAAGCGCUACGCUGUAAAAGAGUUUUCUUUUAUUGUACAACAAGCUUUUACAUCAACAAUGCUUUUCUGAGGGUGCGAGUA